AUGUCGGAAUCUAUCAACCCGUUGUAUGAUGUUCCAAGUUCUCCACCCCCUCCAUCACCUCGAAAUAGCCCUGAUCCUCCCAUAUUACCUUUGCUGCCUGCAGACCAACCCAACUCCGACACUGUGUUCGAAUGGUUGUCUCCAACACCACGACAAUCUCUGACUCCUGCAACCGGGAAUUCAUCACCGAGUGGGGCUUCUGCUCAUAAGAGACCCGCUGAAGAUAUGACCCAGUUUGCUGAGGCUACUGCACACAACGUGAAGCUCUGUCCGGACAACUGCAGGGCUCUGUUGGACUUCUCAAAGGUGAGGCCACAGAACACAGCCUCUCAUUAUGUUGAUCAUCCGUUGCAUGAGCUUAACGCAGCAGAGCAACUUAUCACCUUGAGUGCGACACUCAUGAAGAUCUUGGAGUGCCAGAACGAGCUGGUCCCCGCUGAGGCGGUAUACAACAUUUCGGAGAAUAUCACGAAGUACAUUGACACCGAGACAACAACAAUUCUUGCGCACCCUGACCUGGUGGCCUAUGUCCAUGACGAUGCGCCUGUUAUCAUUCUUGAGGCUCAGCUGAAGGCAAAGAAUAAGUGGAACCUCUCAGAACUGAAGGACGAUCGUGUCAAAUGGGAAGUGAUCAUCAAGUAUUCACGCACGAAGUUCAAUAACAAGCGGCACACUAUUAAGAAGGCCCUUGGUGAUUCACUUGGAGGAAGGGGCCCAAAUGCAAAACCUGCUCAAGACAUCAUCGACCUGUGUAUUGCGACCAACACCCAGCUCAAUGGCGGCAAGCUUGCGAAGGCGGCAAAACCACGUGCACCCACUGUGGCAAUGCUCGAGCGCGUCACUUUCCUGUCCUUUUGGGAGUACGUCGACAAUGAGUUGUCGACCGUUCGAACCUUUCACAAGGACGAUGCAAAGAAGAUCUCAAAGAUGUUUGCACAGAUUCUGGAAAAUGAUUAG